AUGUUUUUUCAAGUCUUGAAAACCUUUCCCUCCCGGGUCGGGGCUACGAGUAUGAAAGCCUCGGCCCAGGCUCGAUUUAUGGCAUCAGUUGCCAACGGCACCCCCAAGCUGAACAGUGCACUUCGUGCCCCUGAGCGUGCCACUUUUACGAUCCGAGAUGGUCCUGUGUUCCAUGGGAAGUCCUUUGGAGCACAAAAGAAUAUCUCUGGUGAAGCCGUUUUCACCACCUCCCUUGUCGGAUACCCAGAAUCUUUGAGUGACCCGUCUUACCGUGGUCAAAUCCUUGUCUUCACGCAGCCCCUGAUUGGGAACUAUGGGGUUCCAUCUGCGGAGAAGGAUGAGCAUGGCUUGCUAAAAUACUUUGAAUCUCCUAGCCUUCAAGCAGUUGGUGUAGUCGUCGCAGACGUUGCUGAGAAAUACAGUCACUGGACUGCUGUGGAGAGCUUGGGUGAAUGGUGUAUCAGAGAGGGCGUUCCAGCGAUCUCCGGCGUUGAUACCCGCGCAAUUGUUACCUAUCUGCGAGAACAGGGUUCUUCCCUAGCGAGAAUCACGGUUGGCGAGGAGUAUGACGCCGAUCAGGACGAGGCGUUUGUUGAUCCGGAGCAGAUUAACUUGGUGGCUAAAGUUAGCACCAAAGCUCCUUUCCAUAUUAGCGCUGGAAGCAGCAAUGCCCAUGUCGCCGUAAUCGACUGCGGAGUCAAAGAGAAUAUCCUUCGAAGCCUCGUCGGCAGAGGCGCCAGUGUUACCGUUUUCCCAUUCGAUUUCCCCAUUCAGAAGGUUGCCCAUCACUUUGACGGUGUCUUCAUCUCCAACGGUCCUGGUGACCCGACCCACUGCCAAAAGACUGUCUACAACCUCCGGAAAUUGAUAGAGACUUCUCAGCUGCCAAUCAUGGGCAUUUGCCUGGGCCAUCAGCUUCUCGCUCUUUCGGCUGGUGCUCGGACCAUCAAGUUGAAGUACGGAAAUCGCGCGCACAAUAUUCCAGCAUUGGAUUUGACGACUGGCCGCUGCCACAUCACCAGCCAAAAUCAUGGUUACGCUGUUGAUGCGUCCACCCUUCCUAGUGACUGGAAGCCAUAUUUCGUCAACCUCAACGAUUCUAGCAAUGAAGGAAUGAUCCACAAGAGCCGCCCCAUCUUCAGCACUCAGUUCCAUCCUGAGGCGAAAGGAGGCCCUCUCGAUUCUUCCUACCUCUUCGAUAUUUAUCUUGACAGUGUUCAAAAGUACAAACAAAGCCAGGCCGCCUUCCAACCUGAACGGGAUAGCCGCCCAAGCCCACUUCUUGCCGAUCUCCUCGGCAAUGAACGUGUAGGCGUUCAAACCACCAUUGGAAUUGAAGCUAGUGAACCUGUCGUCCCAGUUAUGGAGACAACAUCCGCAUCUCCAAAAAUUGCGGCUGCAGCGUAA